UACCAAAAUAAUUAAAAUAAACGAACAAAACAAAAAAUGCGGUGCCCGUACUGCUCGGCGGCGCAGGGGCGGUGCACCACCACGUCAAGCGGCCGGUCAAUAACCGAGUGCACCUCCUGCGGCCGCGUAGUAGAGGAACGCCAAAGCCAAUCCCACCACCUCUUCCACAUUCGCGCUCAAGACUCUCCUCUCUGUCUCGUCACUUCCGACCUCCCCACUCUCCCUGUCCCCGCCACCACUGACUCCAACCCCACAUCCAACUCCGACGACGAUGACCCUUUUGAACCCACAGGCUUCAUCACCGCUUUCUCAACGUGGUCUCUCGAGCCAUACCCAUUAUUCGCUCAGUCUUCGAUUUCCUUCGCCGGUCACUUAGCUGAGCUGGAAAGAGUCCUGGAAACGACGUCGUCCUCCUCUUCCUGUUCUUCUUCUUCCGGGUCGAAUUCUUCUGGGCCUUCAGUGGUUGUGGAUAAUUUGAGGGCGUAUUUGCAGAUUAUUGACGUGGCUUCAAUACUGGGGCUUGAUUAUGAUAUAUCUGAUCACGCUUUUCAGCUUUUUAGGGAUUGUUCUUCCGCUACUUGCUUGAGAAAUCGAAGCGUUGAAGCUCUUGCUACUGCUGCGCUUGUUCAGGCCAUCAGAGAAGCUCAAGAACCCAGAACCCUCCAGGAGAUAUCAAUUGCUGCUAAUUUACCCCAGAAGGAGAUCGGAAAGUAUAUAAAGAUACUUGGAGAAGCUCUUCAAUUAAGUCAACCUAUUAAUAGCAAUUCCAUAUCGGUUCAUAUGCCGAGGUUCUGUACGCUUCUCCAGCUCAACAAAUCAGCUCAGGGGCUGGCGACUCAUAUUGGCGAGGUUGUUAUCAACAAAUGUUUCUGCACUCGUAGAAAUCCUAUUAGCAUUUCUGCAGCUGCUAUAUACUUGGCCUGCCAACUGGAGGAUAAACGCAAGACCCAGGCUGAGAUCUGUAAGGUCACUGGACUUACUGAAGUGACACUUCGUAAGGUUUACAAGGAACUAUUGGAGAAUUGGGAUGAUCUGCUGCCAUCAAAUUACAGCCCAGUUGUCCCUCCAGAGAAAGCAUUCCCAAUGGCAACUAUUGCCUCAGGUCGUUCUUCGACACCUAGAGCUGAUUUAGUUGAAGUGCCCUCCUCUGACAAGCAGACUGAAAGCAAGAAUCCUAGAACAAGUGAUGUUCUAGAUACAUGCCAUGUCGCUAAAAAUAAAGAGGAAACUGAAAAUAGAGAUAGCAUCCAUAGGAGUCAAAGUCUUCCAAUGCACAGAACACUAUUUUUGUGGAAAUCCCAGCCUCCAGUUAGAAGUGCUACAGUAAAUACACCUGCUGACAAGAUUCAGAAUAUAACUCAGGAAAUGGAUAUUGAUCCAAGGAGCCAGACUGGGUCAGAUGAAAAAGUCGUAGCCAGUUCUAUGAGGCCUGUCCUUUUUUCUGCUCCUACUUCCAGUGCAGGUUCCCUCUCUUGGCCAUUGCAUACAACAUCAUCAGGGUUUUCCCCAUCUGGUCAGCUUGUGCAUCCACGUAAUAUGGCUUCCAAUGGUUUGGAUGAAAUGACCCCACGUCAAAAUGAAAAUAAGAAGGGGAACCAACGUGUUGAUACGUGAAUGAAAUCUGGUCUUAGUUUUUUCCUGUAUUCUUCAGUUGCAAAACGUGCAUGUUUUCCAUAGUUACUUGGCUCAAUUUAGGAUUCCUUGUGUCAUUUAGGACACUGUUGGGAUGGAUGCUUCAUGGCUCCUUUUUGUAUGUUCGUGGUUAAGGAAAAGACAAACGAUUCUGUUUCCAUACAUUUUCUUACAGAAGUAAGCAUGUUUUUGCAAAUAAA